UGCACACCCAUCCACGACAGGCGCUGGAGGCCCUCGGUGCAGCUUUGCAGAACUGUCGCCGUAUAAGACGGCACGUCUUCCCCCCAUCCUGCGACAUGUAUGGUCCGGCCCGCAUCCGCCUAGCUGCAACUAGUUGCUGGUCGCUGGUUGCUGGAUGCGCACGUCUAGCACGCGUCGCCAGAGGCGACUUCUAUAGCUGAGCCCCAGUGCACGGGGUCCGGGCAGCCUGAGCUGCCUAGGGUCCCGGGACCCUGGGCUUUCCAGGCUGCGCAUUAGGACCUUGGAUGCGGUGCGCUCCGCACGUGCCCGUACACCCCCGCCGAGGGGUUCCAGACCAAGGGAGAAGGAGGCGCGGGGAGGAGAUGCAGAUGGUCGUAUCCGACGCCCGCCAGCCAGCAUGCUCAGUUUUAUAGGCGUGACGCACACAUGACCUCACCUUUUGAAGCCUCAGAUUUGUGAUCCGUAAAAUGGAUGUAAUCAAAGCUACUUCACGGGGCUGUUGAGGAUUAAGUGACACAAUGCUUGUAAAGCUGAGUGCGCGAGGGAGCCCCCGAGGAGACAGGGUCUGGUGGGCAGCCCGCCUCCGCUGUCACCCAAGGCCACCGGCAGCAUGAAGAUCCCCGUGGAGCAGGCCAUCCGCGGGAUGCAGGCCCUCCAGCUUCAGCACCGCUGCCGGGGUGGCUGUCGGGUCAAGGCCAGGGCGUCCUAUGUGGAUGAGACCCUGUUUGGCAGCCCUGUCGGCACGCGGCCCACCUUACCAGACUUUGACCCUCCGUGGGUGCAGAAGACCAACGGGACCAGAAGAGUGGGUGCCGGGGGGUUACAGAGCUCACCAGGCAAGGGGAGCUGUGAGACCACCCCCUCUGAGGGCAGCACCCCAACCCUCACCCCAAGAAGGAGGAAGAACAGAUACAGGCUCAUCGGCCACACUCCGUCUUACUGUGAUGAGUCGCUCUUUGGUUGCCAGCCUGAGGGUGUCAGCUGGGAGUCUUCUCGCCUGGCCAAGGCGGGUGCCUCGAAGCUCCACAGCCUUUUCUGGACGCCGCCGGCCACCCCCAGAGACAGUGACUCCCCCUGCCCCAGGAAGGCCCCACUGCGUGCCAUGCACCCUGAGAAUCCCUCCAUGACACGGCCCCAGGGGGCGGCCAGCUCCCCCAGGCUGUCCCUGCACAGCUCCGACACCCCGCGCCCUCCAAGGCGGGAGCGCUCCCAUUCCCUCACCUGCCUCAGUGUCCCCAGCUCUGGUCACCCAGCUGCCAGUGCCCCCCACACAAAUGGACUUCAGGACCCCAGGCCUCCCCCGGCAGGGGUGACCUUCCAGAGUCCCCUGGUGACACCCAGGGCUCAUUCAGUCAGUGCUUCAGUGCCACCUACCUCCCGGCGAGGCAGGGCCCCUCAGAAUCCAAAGCCCCCCUGGAGGUGAGCUGCCGCUCUUACAGCUCUGCCUGUGGGGUCACUGUGAGGGAAGCAUCUCCUGGGUCCCCAUUGUAGGAGGAGCCCCUAGUGGACCCCCACAGCAGAGAUGGGCUGUGCCUCCCCCAUCCUGACAAUCUCUGACAAUCCCAACUCCUGGAUGCAUCUGUGAGCUGCUCCUGGUCGGUCCUGGCCACACCACCAAUCAGUGCCAAUCCAGGGCCUCUGCCUCCCAGUCUGGUGGCCACAUGUGACCUGCCAGCCAGGAGAGGCCCUUCCCUCCUCCCUUCCUUCAAGCCAGCUCCCUGCUCAGGACGCUGUGUCCCCUUGAGUCUGGAGGCAUUAGAGGAGCUUUCUUUGAAAUCUGUACCCUUAUUUCCAUGUAUUAAAUGUAUCUGUAGCUCA